AUGCAUCCACCGUACAAUCCAGACCUUGUACCGUCUGAUUAUCAUCUGCUUCGAUCUCUGCAAAACUCCCAUGGUGGUAAGAAGUUGAGUAAUGGAAGCGCUGCUGAAAAUCACUCGGUCAAGUUAUUCGGUGAUAAACCGCAAAAGCUGCGAGUUGUGAAGGCGUUCCGAUCGUCGCUGGAAGAAUUCGACGAACGACGUUCUAUUGCCUCAACUCACUCUGUGCAAUCGAUGCGUGGAUGGUCCCGGUUGGCUUCAAGUCCUGACCCGGCCGGCACCAGAGCUGCACUUGCAGCACUUUCUCAUCGACAGUCGCCACAGCCCUACCCAUAUUACCAUCAUCAGCAACCACGAACUCCAUCGCCACAACCGCAAAUCGUUGUUGAAAAUGGGGGUGGUGGUGGCGUAGGAAGCUCAGCGCUACCAUCACCAGCUGUUGGCAAUGUGAAGCUGGAAAAAGUGCCUUUAGUGCAGAAAUGGUCUCCGGACACGAAUUCGUCGUACUCGCAACGAAUCUCGAAGAGCAUGUCACUGGAUACGCCUGUUUCAGUGGCACACGUCUAG